AUGUCUGAACACGAAGAGGAUCUCAUUGAUUACUCCGACGACGAAAUCGGAAACGAAGCAAACGCGCCUACCGAAGCAACUGGAGUAACGGGUAAUGGUGAAGCACAAAAGAACGAAACGACAACGUCGAACCAAGCCGAUAAUAAAAAGGGCUCAUAUGUCGGAAUACACAGCACCGGUUUUCGCGACUUUCUCUUGAAACCGGAACUCCUCCGAGCAAUCGUCGACUGCGGCUUCGAGCAUCCUUCCGAGGUCCAGCAAGUUUGCAUUCCACAGGCUAUUCUGGGUACCGAUGUUCUUUGCCAGGCAAAAUCUGGGUUGGGGAAGACAGCUGUAUUCGUGUUAACCACGCUCCAACAGCUUGAUCCAGUUGCCGGGGAAACUGCUGUCCUGGUAAUGUGCCAUACACGCGAGCUAGCCUACCAGAUCCGAAAUGAGUAUACAAGAUUCUCGAAAUACAUGCCGGAGGUUAAAUGCAGCGUCUUUUAUGGUGGUACACCUAUGCAAAAGGAUAUCGAAGUCUUGAAGAACAAGGACACGCACCCUCACAUCAUUGUUGCGACACCUGGAAGGCUUAAUGCACUUGUACGGGACAAACAUCUACGCCUUGGGAGCGUUAAAGCAUUUGUUUUAGACGAGUGCGACAAAAUGCUUGAUCAGAUUGAUAUGCGCCGUGACGUUCAAGAGAUAUUUAGGGCAACCCCACAGAGCAAGCAAGUUAUGAUGUUCUCUGCCACACUGUCACAAGACAUUCGACCGAUAUGCAAGAAGUUCAUGCAAUCGCCGCUCGAAAUCUUUGUCGACGAUGAAACAAAACUCACACUCCAUGGUCUACAACAAUACUACAUUAAACUUGAUGAAAAGGAGAAGAAUCGAAAGCUGAAUGAUCUUCUCGAUCAACUUGAAUUCAACCAAGUCAUCAUUUUCGUCAAGUCGACUGUUCGGGCCAACGAGUUAAACAAGCUGCUUGUCGAGUGCAAUUUCCCCUCCAUCGCUGUGCAUUCGGGCAUAUCGCAGGAAGAACGUAUCAAACGCUACACGUCUUUCAAAGAAUUUAACAAACGAAUCUGCGUGGCUACGGACGUUUUUGGCCGUGGAAUCGAUAUCGAGCGUAUCAAUCUUGCGAUAAAUUACGACCUUCCCGCCGAUCCCGAUUCCUACCUUCACAGGGUGGGCCGUGCCGGCCGAUUCGGUACCAAGGGGUUGAGCAUCAGUUUCGUCAGCAGCAAAGAGGACGCCGAAGUCUUGGAUAAAAUCAUGGAACGAUUCGAAGUGCAAUUGGAACAAUUUCCCGAGGGCGGAAUCGACGCUAGCCGCUACAUGAAUACUUAG